GUCACCCGCUCAGAUGAUUGCGCAUCGGUACGUCAGUGAGUAGGUGUGUUUGGUAAAUUUCGCGAUGUUCAAGCCGCUGUCGAAGAUAAUUCUAUCAUUCCACGAGUUUUCCGGCUUUGUGUUGUGUGUGCGGUUGGCAUGCCAGUGAUGUAAGCCGCCCCCGCCUUACAAACAGCGCACUUUUGGUAGCAUAACCUGCGGAAAACCGGGCGGCACAUCACUUGCCAGCUCAUCAACAAUUAACAACAAUUGGAGUUGUUUAAAACGUGUGAAAUAACAAUAAAGGGGCGGCUUGUUACGCCCCCGAGGUCGUGGUGAUGGCUUUCGACGGUAGGGAGCUACUGAUAGUGCUACAGAAUGAUUUGAAGUCAUUGUCAUCAGAAACGAAGAAAAAGUAUCCACAUAUUAAAGAAUCAUGUGAAGAGGCUAUUUUAAAGUUGAGAAAUAGUCAAUCAACACCACCAACACAGAUUUAUUAUGUCAUUAAUCAGAUUAUUUUUCCUUUGGCACAAGGAUGUGAAACGAAGGAUAUGAAAAUUAUAAAAUGUUGUUUGCAAAUUAUGCAAAGAUUAAUAACACAACAAGUGUUGGAUGCGAAAGGAGCUCGUUUUAUAACAGAUGCUUUAUGGCAUUUAAUGGAAGCUGGUAUUGAAGAGGUGAAAAUUCUUCAAUCAGUAACAUUAUUGUUGACAACAAAUGCUGUCGUCCAUGGCGACACAUUGGCAAAGACUUUAGUACUGUGUUUUCGUCUCCACUUCUCCAAAAAUCACACAAUCGUCAACACUGCAGGUGCAACAGUCCGCCAACUAGUCUCGCUGGUUUUCGAACGAGUUGUAGCUGAAGAUGAAAAACUAGAAAACGAAUUGCAAUCGCAAGUCCCACCUCAACCACGACAAGUAAACUUUGAAGAACUUAAAGUUCCAAGUAGUAGCCCCCCAAAAGGUCUACCACCAUGCGCAGGAGAUGCUUUUCUUUUAUUUCAAGAUUUAGUUCAACUUGUUAACGCAGAUCAACCUUAUUGGUUGCAAGGAAUGACUGAAAUGACGCGCACGUUCGGACUUGAACUAUUGGAAUCAGUUUUAACACAGUUUUCGGAUGUUUUCUACAAAAACGCUGAGUUUAGCUUUCUUCUAAAAGAACGUGUCUGUGCGUUGGUAAUAAAACUCUUCUCUCCGAACAUUAAAUAUCGCAGCACGAUCCCCGCCAGCGUGCAACAAGCGACUCCUUUUGAUAAACCGUAUUUUCCGAUCAGCAUGCGACUGUUGCGUGUUGUAUCAAUUUUAAUUCAAAAAUACCACGUGCUGUUGAUAACUGAAUGUGAGAUUUUUCUGUCGUUGAUUGUGAAGUUCUUGGAUCCUGACAAACCUAGCUGGCAGCGUGCACUGGCUUUGGAAGUGCUGCAUAAGAUGACCAUUCAACCGGCGUUGUUGAAUUCGUUUUGUGAGUUUUACGACUUGAAGACGCAUACGACGAGUAUUUUCAAGGAUAUUGUUAAUUCUAUGGGCGCGUAUGUGCAAUCUUUGUUUGUUAAUCAACAGUUACAAGUUGGAAUUGCAAUUGGUGCGGGAGUAAAUCAACCCUACGGUGCUUCGAAUACACCGCCGAGUGCUUCACAGGCUGGGUUUAUUUCUCGAGGGAUUUGGUUGCCAUUAUAUGCAGUGUUUCCAACUGGGCAAGCUAAAAGCACAUAUUUGGAAAUGUUAGACAAGACUGAACCACCACUAAUCCCUGACGGUUACGGUAUCUCCGUGGCAUAUGCCUGCCUCUUAGAGAUAAUCCGCUCACUACAAAUAAGCAUCGGUCCCACACAUCCCGAAGACCCACCUGAUGGUGUAGCCCCUGAAGAUCUACCCCAGAAAUCAAUUACCACCCCCGCAAACAAAGACCUCCAUUGCCAGCUGAUAAAAUCCAGUUGGUGUGGUCUACUCGCCGCGCUUAGUCCUCUAAUGGAGGCUAGUACAGACGAAGGCGUCACUGAACGCAUCCUCAAAAGCAUGCAAACAUUUGCUGCUCUUUGCGGAUCUCUUGAACUGCACACACCACGUGAUGCUUUCAUCACCGCCAUUUGUAAGUCAUCUCUACCGCCACAUUAUGCACUUACUGUGUUGAACGCUGUCACACCUGGUGGAUCUCUACGAACGACUGCUAUUGACAGUGUGUCGUGUCAGGGUCAGAACGAAGACUAUCGCCAACAGCAACAAAUUGUAGCUGUUGGUACACCGUUACCAACAUCAUCUGUACCGGCUGGUACUCCACAGGGACCGGUUAUGUUGACAGCUAAGAAUUUACAGAGUAUGCGGACUUUGUUAUCGCUAGCGCAUUGUCAUGGGAGUAUAUUGGGUUCAUCAUGGCAUCUUGUUUUGACUACGCUGCAACAUUUAGUCUGGAUUUUGGGGUUGAAGCCAUCAACUGGUGGUAGUCUCAAAGCAGGUCGUGUGAAUGAUAAUAAUUCAAUCAUUACCACAUCUGUAAUGGCGGAUUUGCCUGUGUUGUCGACUAUGUUAAGUCGAUUGUUUGAAUCCAGUCAGUAUUUGGAUGAUGUAGCCCUGCAUCAUUUGAUAAACGCGUUGUGUAAACUCUCACAAGAGGCGAUGGAGUUGGCUUAUAAUAAUCGGGAGCCAUCUUUAUUUGCUGUGGCUAAACUACUUGAAACGGGGAUUGUUAACAUGAGUAGAAUUGAGGUGUUGUGGAGACCAUUGACGAAUCAUUUGCUUGAAGUCUGUAGACAUCCUCAUAUGCGUAUGAGAGAAUGGGGUGUUGAGGCGAUAACUUAUCUGGUUAAGGCGGCAUUGUUGUAUAAGCAUGAAGUGCCGUUGAAAGAGAACCAAAAGUUGCAAACUUUACUAUUGGGACCAUUAAGUGAGUUGUCUUCUGUACCGCAUGGUGAUGUGCGGUCCAGGCAGCUGGAUUGCGUGUUGGAGAUUCUUCAUGGGUCUGGGGAGACGUUGAAACAUGGAUGGCCGCUUGUGAUUGGCAUAAUUGGAGCUGUUAGUGAACAUCAUGGGGAAACAUUGAUUCGUUUAGCGUUUCAAUGUCUUCAAUUGGUCAUCACUGACUUUCUGCCAGUGAUGCCAUGGAGAUGUCUUCCACUUUGUGUGGAUACCGUGGCAAAGUUUGGUUCACAAACACAAGAGUUGAAUAUUUCCUUGACAGCUGUCGGAUUAAUGUGGAACAUCUCCGACUAUUUUCACCAAUACCAACCGAAACUCAGCGUGAUUCUGAGUGAAGACGCCAAUGUAUUCCCAGAGUUCCCUGGUAUAGUCAACAUGCCCAAUUGUGAUAAACUCUGGAUGUGUCUCUACACGCGCCUGGGCGACCUCUGCGUAGAUUGUCGCCCUGCCGUGCGCAAAUCAGCUAGCCAAACCCUUUUCUCCACUAUUUCCGCCCACGGUGCUCUCCUAAAACAAUCCACCUGGCAAGCCGUCAUCUGGCAAGUCCUCUUCCCAUUACUUGACAGGGUACACUAUCAUUCACAAUCGGCAAGCACUGAAAAAGUCGACACAGGUGUCAACAUCCUCAUCCAUCAUACCCGUAACACUGCACAGAAACAAUGGGCUGAAACCCAAGUGCUAACACUAUCUGGAGUUGCAAGAGUAUUCAACACAAAACGUCAACUGCUUCAAGCAUUGGGCGAUUUCCCACGAGCAUGGUCUGUAUUAUUAAACUUCAUAGAAAUAUCAGCGCUUGCGAAGAACAACGAGGUGUCCAUUGCGGCAUUGAAGUCUUUUCAAGAGAUUCUCUACUCAAAAGCACAAGAAAAUGAUAAUCUGACUACAAAUGUAGAAGAGAAAGAAAUAUGGACGAAUGCUUGGAAAGUCUGGGUGAAAAUCGGCACGGAAAUAACCGUACCUUUAAUUGAAGGUACUCUUGAAGGUAACACCGAAGACCUUUACCUUCCAAGUCAAGGAUUCCUCACAGCGUUAGUUCAAAUCUUUCCGCAUGUUUUCCAACAUGUCAAAUAUGAAUUCACCGUGCAAGACUUGGAUAGCCUAUGCGCUGUUUUAACCAAUGCUGUGAGCGUGCCAAUAUUUGGCGAGACCAGUCAAUACAUCCUAGUGCAAACCAACGAACUUAAUCUUCAUGAUGGAGCGUUGAAUGCUAUUGAAUUAGUGCAAAAGGAAGCAAUUGGUCGAAAACAAAACCGCAUGUUGCCCGGGAUAUUUAAACAAUUGCUUACAUUCAGUAAGUUCAGUUGUAAUCCACCCACGCAGAUGAAAAACGAACGAGUUGCGGUGGAAUGGUUCACGGUGAAUUAUAUUCCUUUCGGAGAGAAGGCGUUAUCAACAGUUGUCAACCUAUACGAAGCAACUGCUGAUAAUGACGAAGUUAUCGAGAAUGAAGUAUUGACUGAAAUCAUUAGAGCGUUGCAUCUUCCGCUAUCGUUGAAAUACGCGUGUCCUUCGAACAGUACAUGGAAGUUAGCGGCAAAUAGCUUCAUUGUCAUUCUCAAGGUAGGGUUACCAGUUGUUAGGAUGUUGAAGAAUGCGAACAAUAAUGAGAUGUGGGAUCAACUUGCACUCACGUUAAACGAGUACUUAUUCCCAAAAACUUGUAUGCCUCCCGAUAGAGGUCUAGAUGAAAUCGUGUCUGAUGAGGCAACGGAUUGUCAACUCAUCGAAAUUCUACGUACACAAGUCCUACCCUUUUCCAAUUGCAUUCCCAAGGAGUUUAUCCUUAAAGUAGUAGUCCUAUUAAACCGUGGUUCUAUCCAUUCGGCGACCAAUAGCAAUAUGGAUUCUGAAACAGAACUCACAUUGCGUGAGGAAUUCGCAAAGACGUGUUUCGAGACACUUCUGCAGUUCUCAUUGGUUGAUGGUGAAGUACAUCCUCAGAUCUUUAACCAAGAUGAAGGAGGUUUAGCAGGACGGCUUGCAGUAACUGCUCUCCUGCAUAGAUUCCAAGAGGUGUUGAAGAAAUACAUUGACGAUGAGAAGACCAGUGGAAAAUGUCCGCUACCAAGAUAUAGACUGUCCGAGAUUUCGUUCGUACUGAAAGCGAUCACGACCGUCAUCAUAUCGAUGAAGAAGUCGACGCAAACUUUAGAAGAUAGCGCAGCUUGGGAACAAUUGAUAUCCCUUUAUCCGUACCUGGUGGAAUGUACAACGACGUCAUCCACGCAGGUAUCCCGGCCGCUGCGCGAGGCGCUGCUACAAUUCUGUGAUCUGCUGAAGCCACCCGGCCAAACGCUGAAGAUUUCCAACGGGAACUCCUGAAGCCGCACUACAAUAAAAAUCAACACGACAUAACUGCAUAUAAUUAUAUUCAUACGAGUACAUUUCUAUUUGUUGUUCAUCGCUUCAUCCAUCCCCCUCAUAGUGUGUAACUUUGUAAACGAUGGUCAAACACUUACAUUAAUCACUUGUGAUAACAAAAUGGUAGGUCAAGCAAACACCCAUAACAUACGUUUUAACCGUAACUUAAGAUUUAUGAUUUUAGUCAUUUGUUAUCGAUAAUAUUUGAAUAAAUAUUGAGUUUAGA